UAUCUGUCAAAAAAUCAGUCUUAACUUUUUCCAAAUUUAAUUUUUCAAAAUUUAAUUUUUCCAAAACCCAGUCAUGGACGAUGACGAAGAUACGCCCCCCGUUUUACACAAAUUUACAGUGGUUGGACAUAUGGUUAAUCAUGGCUAUCAAAUGAGCAAAUAUUUGGUAACAAAACUGCACAAAUCCGUACCGAAUUAUUAUCAAGCGCCCGAAAUUAGGCCCAUGUUUGACCUACAGUGGGACGAGUAUAUUCUUAAAAUGAAAAGAAGGCAUGGAGGACAACUAUGGUCGUUAACCAAUAACGUCGCUGUAUUUUUUGACGACCAGUUCAUUGGAGAUGACGAGGAUUUACUUACUUACCUGACUACGGCUUAUAAAAUUAAUUUAACAUUUAAUUGGCAAACACUCGGUAUACAAGAAGUUAACAACCAAUUGAUGAGUAUCACAAGCAGAUAUAGACAACUAGUGUAUUUGACCGUAGCAAUAGAUAGGAAAAUAAUUGGAUCCAUGUUAUUUGAGUUGUAUAAUGAUUUGGUACCGAAUACUUGCGAAAAUUUUAUUAAAAAAUGCGAAAAUAUUGGAGAAAAAGGUUAUGCUGGAAAAAAAAUACACAGGAUAGUAAAAGGUAGUUGGAUACAGUGCGCGGGAUGGUGCUGGGACGCGCAGGACCAGCGUUGCGAAAACUACAAGGUACCGCACGAUCGCAGAGGCGUACUGGGCAUGUGCAACGCCGGGCGACAUCGCGACAACACCGCGCAGUUCUUCAUCAGCCUCGAUCCUGCGCAGUGGAUGAGCUACCGAUACGUGGCAUUCGGACAGCUGUUACAAGGGAACUACAUUUUGAAACAGAUAGAAAAUGUGGCGACGAAAAACGAACAGCCCUUACUGAACAUCGAAAUAAUCAGGGCGGGAGAGUUCAAAAUGUAUCCCUCCAAAGACGAAACGGAUUUGAUUUCGCCCCAAGUGUUCAGAACUUUGGAUUUCCAGGAAGAUUUGCAAAAUAUUUUCGUAUCGGAACCACCGUCGCUCUUCGAUUUGUCCAAAUACCAACAGGGGAUGUAUUGCAUGCACACCGACUUAAAAAGUCACAUGCCUUUUGUUUAUUUACCCGAUUUAUUGAUGAAAUAUAUGGAAGAAAUAGAAGAACCGCAAGAAGGAGAUCAUGAACAAGACUCGUCUACGCCUUUAACUCCCUGUUCAGAGUACCAACCAGUGUUUCAAAGUAGUUCUUCGAAUAAUUCUCUUGUAACAUUAUAAUUUUUUCAUAAAUACAAAGUUUCAUAAUUUAUUUAUAUUCUUAAAAACAACAAUUAAUAAUUUAGCACCUAUUAUAGAUAAUUCACCAAGAAUUGGCAGCUUCUUGGUAUGUUUAUAUGGGGAAACCUCUCCCUCCAUAAUUCAACCUAAAAAAAAAUUGUUUUAUUUCUUUAAAAUUAAAUUUUCUCUGAAAUUUUUGUACCUGUGUUUGAUCAAUUCUAGUACAAAAACUGAUGUCUAGAAGCCUUAAUUUUUUAAGAGUCACCAACGCUGUCUCACAUACUUCUGCAGAGAGACUUCUUAUUCCCAACAAAUCUAAUUGUUCCAAAUCUGAACAAUUUAAAAUUAUUGGCAACAAUAAAGAAUCGUUAACACCUCUCCAUUCGGAUAA